CAACCUAUUGACGGGAAACGACAAAGUCACAAAAUUCCUUUCCUUUUCUCACCAUAAUAAGCUUCCCUGCUUCCGUGCUCUGGUGUCGAGCUAAAAGCCAUGGCGUCACCUAGCAAGCGGCGUGAGAUGGACGUUAUGAAGCUGAUGAUGUCGGAUUGGAAAGUCGAGCUGGUUGAAGACAACAUCAGCGAGUUCCAUGUGGAUUUCUACGGCCCCAAGGACAGCCCAUACGAGGGGGGCCUAUGGAAAAUCCACGUUGAGCUGCCAGACGCCUACCCCUACAAGUCUCCAUCUAUCGGUUUCGUCAACAGGUGCUACCAUCCAAACAUCGAUGAGGCAUCCGGCUCCGUCUGCUUAGAUGUUAUUAACCAGACUUGGAGCCCCAUGUUUGACCUGAUCAACAUCUUCGAGGUCUUCCUGCCGCAGCUGCUGCUCUACCCCAACCCCACGGACCCGUUGAAUAGCGAGGCGGCAUCGCUGCUGAUGCGCGAGCCCCAAGUCUACGCUAACAAGGUCAAAGACUACGUGCAGCGCUACGCCCGGCCGGAGCAGGUGCUCGGCCACAACCCCGCCUCCGUCAACAACAAGAGCAGCGACGACGAGGAGGACGGCGACGGCGACCAGAAGAUGGGCGACGGGGACGAGUCGGAAGGAGGCUUCCUGGAAUCAAGCGACGAGGACACCGCCUGAGCACCACCCUAGUCCCCUGGGCCCUCGGCACAUGUGAUGAAAUCCAAGCUCUAAAAAACCUAAAUGCGGAACCGCAUGUGUUACCCCAUGGUGCGGCUUCCUCUGCUCUCCAUGCGUCGGACCGUCUCGGCUGCUCUUUGGGGGGUCGUGAUCGCGGUCGUCGCUGCUCCGGAUAGCAAAAGGUGACAGGUGCAUGACAGGUGGUGAUGCGGGGCUGCAAGCGGGGCAGGGCGGGGGCGUAGGGGCGUGAAGCGGACCAGGGGAGGAGACCCAGAUCCGGAGGAAGUAGCAGAAGGAUUUGCAUGCAUCGCUAGCUUUAAGCUGUGCGCAUGCGGUGCGCAUGCGGUGCUGCUGCUCAUCACUUGAGUUCUCCCGGGGCACGAUAAGCACUGGCAACAUGUGUAGGACGCAUUGUGCCUGAACAUUGUGGAGGUAAGGACCAUCAUGACACCACCUUGGCACAUGCAGCUAGGUGGAGGGUGGAAGGAGGUAGAAACGACUGCAUGGGAAGUUGAUGAUGAUGAGUUUGGUGCCCCUUUCCUUGCGCGCAUGUGCCGCGGCAUCAUUGCAUAAUUGAGUGCAUAUGACGAUAUGAGAGGCCCCAGUCGGGCAGCUUUUUGGGGGCACCUGGCUGCUUUCGCUGGGCAGGGCGGGGCUAGGCGGGGCUACUGCCCCCUAGGAAACGUAGAGUGCUUAGGAGUGUUAGGUGGUGGGAUAUGAAAGCGCAACUGUGCUAGGUGACUCCUUUCCAUUUUGUACCGAUAUAUCUUUUGUACUAUGUUCCUGUGCUUCCUGCCAUGCCAAUGUGCCAUGUGCUGCGUGAAUGUGUAUGUUGCGCGCUGUUUAGUUUUCGGUUGUUUACUGUUGGUGUUGAUGACCUCUGGUACCGGAGGGCUGUGGUGGGCGGGUGAGUGACCAACCGCUUGCUCGCUUCCAACUGCAAGGGGGCAGCGGAGAAACGGUGUGUUCCAAGUUUUGUAGGAGAACACCUUGCCAGCAGGCGGUGCAACUAUAACACGGGUUAAGGAAGAACUUGGGGUCAUGCUCUUUUGUAUGGUUUCGCUUCGUGUGUGUAUUCCGCGUGUGUCUAAAACGCAGGCCCGAGGGCUUUACGGUUGACUGUUGAUGCUGGUGUGCUGGUGCCUGGCGGGUUAGGGAUUCGCAACAACCAAAGUACGGACUGGCAGAGUUGGGUGGUAGUACAAGAAGCUCAAUUGGGUUGCGCGGUUUCCCGGUAGGAGGCCUUAGGAAGAGGGGUACUGAGUGUGAACACCUGCAUUUCAUUGAUUGACCGUGUGCUCGCUAUGACACACCGUGUUUGGAACCCCGCGGCGUGCUGCUGCUGCUGCCGUCGUCGCUGCCUAGAGACACGUCCCAUAUUGCUGUUUGUUGCCGUACUCUGUUUAUGCUCGUCCGCCUCUGGCGGCACUUGGAUGGGGCAGAUGGCCGCUCCGUGAGGUUGGCGUUUUGGAUGAUGGCUGGCAGCUUCGAAAUUGCACCUCCUGUUGCAGGGAUGUAACUGAGACACGAUGCUGGUGUGGCUAUGUAUGUAUCGGAACGAUUGGGGUGCCGCACCUGCGGCGUGCUGUGAUACCCAGGAUCCAUCUGUCAGCCAAAUCCAUGCGUGGGGUGUUACCAGG